AUGAACCACACUCGGCUCUCUUGCCAGCACGGAGCUGUGCUUGCUCAGCGCUCGCGGCUGCAGGACACUCGGUGCCCGGACCAGUGCCAGUGUGUCCGCACCGCCCAGGUGGAGUGCUCCGGUGCCGGCAUCACUGCGGUCCCCAGCCCCAUCCCCGCAAACGCCAUGACCCUCCAGAUCAUCAACACGCGCAUCGCUGAGCUGGGCGACGUGUCCUUUGGCAACGCCUCCCUGCUGAUCGGGCUGCGCAUCGAGAAGAACAACCUGUCGCGCAUCAGCCCUGGAGCCUUCCAGCAUCUGCCUGACCUGCGCUACCUCAGCCUGGCCAGCAACAAGCUGCAGGAGCUCCCCGUGCAGGUCUUCGAACCCCUGGGCAAGCUGGAGUCUCUGCUCCUUUCCAGCAACCAGAUCCUCCAGGUCGAGCCUUCCCACUUCGCCCACCUGAGCAACCUCAAGGAGCUGCAGCUGCACGGGAACAACCUGCAGGAACUGCCAGAGCUGCAGGAGCUGGGGCUGCACCAGAACCAGCUGGAGAUGCUGUCCCCCGAUCUCUUUGUGCACAACGGGAACCUGCAGAAGCUCUACCUGUCCAACAAUCUCCUCGCCACCCUGCCGAGUGGCAUCUUCUUGCCCCUGCGUGCCCUCGCCAAGAUCACCCUGCACGUCAACCGCCUGCGGGACAUCUCCCCUGGUGCCUUCGGGCCCAUGCCCGACCUGCGGGAGCUGUGGCUCUACGAGAAUGAGCUUUCCACCCUCCCUGCUGCCGUCUUCAGCAACCUGACCCAGCUGCAGCUCCUGGUCCUUAGCAAAAACCGGCUGCAGUCGGUUGCACCAGGGGCUUUCCAGGGCUUGGGGGAGCUGCUGGAGCUGUCGCUGCACUCCAACGCCCUGCGCCGCUUAGACGCCCAGGCACUGGAGGGGCUGCCCAAGCUGCAGAACAUCUCCUUGCACCACAACCAGCUGCAGGCGCUGCCACGGGGUCUCUUCGGGGCCACCCCGGGGCUGCGGCACCUGCAGCUGCACUCCAAUGCCCUGGAGUACCUGCCUGCCGGCAUCUUCUCUCCCCUGGCCACCCUGCGAGAGGUGAAGCUGCACAACAACUCCUGGCGCUGCGACGAGGGCAUCCUGCCCCUGCGGGGCUGGCUGGAGGACAACCCCCACAAGGUGGGCGAGACACCCCCCCUCUGUGCCCAGCCCCCGGCCCUGAGGGGCAGCCCUAUAGCCGGGCUGCCACGGGACCAGCUCCUCGCUCCCUGGUCCCCCACUGCAUCCCCCCAUCCCAGCACUCUGCUCCCUGCUCACCCCUCUGAGGUGGCAUUGCCAGAGGGUGCCUGGACGGAGCCCCCCAUGGGGUUACCGGUUUCCCCACGGGAGGAGGAGGAGAAGGAGGAAGAGGAGAGGGGGCAGUGGGGGCUGACGCGCAUGCAGAGCGGCGUGGUGGUGGCGGUCAUUGUGCUGGUCUGUGUGGCUCUGCUCGCCGCUCUCGUGGCGCUGGUGGUCUACGGCUGUAGGAAGAAGAGCCACGUUGUGCUCAUGAGGAUGAAGGCACCCAAUGAAGCCUGA